AUGUCAAAGGGUCGCGUUUGCCUUGCCUACUCCGGUGGCCUCGACACAUCGGUCAUUCUGAAAUGGCUUGUGCUCGAGGGCUACUCGGUCGUCUGCUACCUGGCCGAUGUUGGCCAGGAGGACGCCCAGGACGCUGCCGCCAUCGAGAAGAAGGCCAUGCUGCUAGGUGCCGAGCGCAUGGUCAUUGAGGACCUCCAGAAGACCUUUGUCGAGGACCUCGUCUUCCGCGCCGUCCAGUGCAACGCCAUCUACGAGGACCGUUACCUCCUGGGCACCUCCCUCGCCCGCCCCGUCAUCGCCAAGGCCCAGGUCCAGGUCGCCGAGCGCUACAACUGCCAGUUCCUGUCGCACGGCUGCACCGGCAAGGGCAACGACCAGGUCCGCUUCGAGCUGGCCUUCAAGGCCCUCAACCCGGCCCUGCAGAUCAUUGCGCCCUGGCGACUGCCCGAGUUCUGCAACAAGUUCCAGGGCCGCCAGGAUCUGCUCAAGUUCGCCGCCGAGAACAACAUCCCCGUCUCCUCCUCCCCCAAGGCUCCCUGGUCCAUGGACGAGAACCUGGCCCACUGCUCCUACGAGGCCGGCAUCCUCGAGGACCCCGACCACACCCCGCCCAAGGAGCUGUGGAAGAUGACCCUCGACCCCCUCGACGCCCCCGACAAACCCACCGAGUUCACCAUCCACUUCGAGAAGGGUAUUCCCGUCAAGGUUGUCGAGGGCGGCAAGGAGACGACCGGCUCGGUCGAGCUGUUCAAGCUCCUCAACAAAAUCGGCCGCGAGAACGGCGUUGGCCGCAUCGACAUUGUCGAGACCCGAUUUGUCGGCAUCAAGUCGCGAGGAUGCUACGAUACACCCGGCCUCACCAUUGCCCGCCUGGCCCAUCUUGACCUGGAGGGUCUCGUCAUGGACUCUAAGGUGCGGGAGCUUCGUGAUCAGUUUAUCACCGUGUCCUGGUCUCGACAACUGUACAACGGCAUGUACUUCAGCCCCGAGCGCGAGUUUGUCGAGAACAGCAUUCUCUUCUCCCAGCAAAAUGUUACCGGCCAAGUCAGGAUGAUGGCAUACAAGGGCAACGCAUAUGUCAUUGGACGAUCCAGCGACGCCAGCAACCUGUACAGCGAGCAGGACGCUUCCAUGGACUCGCUCGAGGGUUUCAGCCCCUGGGACACCACUGGCUUCAUCGAGAUCAACGCUCUGCGACUCAAGAAGUACGGUCUGCAGAAGCAAAAGGACGGCCAGCCUCUUACUAAAUAA